AGGAGGGUGGAGGCAGGCGGGCGGGGGACACGGGCUCCCCUGCCUCCCACUCGCACAUGCUGCCGCGCUGCAGUCAGCUGGAGCAGCGCCUCCGCCGAUGACCUUCUCGCCCGCUCGCCGCCCCUGAGCUGAGGACGCCCGGCUCGGCUGCCUUCUCGCCCGCGCGGGGCGGGGAUGUCACAGCGCCUCCCGGGAGCUGCUUCCACCGCCGGGACCAGUUGCAGAGCCGCCGCCGCUCGCGAGGAGCCUGAAAAAUGAACCCCCAGUGCGCCCGCUGUGGCAAAGUCGUCUAUCCCACGGAAAAAGUCAACUGCCUGGAUAAGUACUGGCAUAAAGGAUGUUUCCAUUGUGAGGUCUGCAAAAUGGCUUUAAACAUGAACAACUACAAAGGAUAUGAAAAGAAACCAUAUUGCAAUGCACACUACCCAAAACAAUCCUUCACUACGGUGGCAGAUACACCAGAAAACCUUCGUCUGAAGCAACAAAGUGAAUUGCAGAGUCAGGUUAAAUACAAAAGAGACUUUGAAGAAAGCAAAGGAAGAGGGUUCAGCAUUGUGACUGACACACCUGAAUUACAAAGACUGAAAAGGACUCAGGAGCAAAUUAGUAACGUGAAAUAUCAUGAAGAUUUUGAGAAGACAAAAGGCAGAGGUUUUACACCAGUGGUGGAUGAUCCUGUGACAGAACGGGUGAGAAAAAACACCCAGGUUGUGAGUGAUGCUGCAUAUAAAGGAGUACAUCCACAUAUAGUUGAAAUGGAUAGAAGACCCGGAAUAAUUGUUGACCUCAAAGUUUGGCGCACAGAUCCUGGCUCCAUCUUCGACAUUGAUCCUCUGGAAGACAGUAUUCAGUCUAGGAGUCUGCGUAUACUUUCUGAAAAAGCAAGCCGUUAUAAUAAACAGCAUUUCCAUUCCACCAGUACUUCUGGCAUGAGUUUGGGAGGUGAAAAGUCAGAUGGUUCUGAGACAAACCCUAGCCUUUCUUACUGCAGUGAGGUGACAAGGCCAUCUGAUGAAGGAGCCCCUGUGCUUCCUGGGGCAUAUCAACAAAGUCAGUCCCAAGGGUAUGGAUACAUGCACCAGACCAGUAUGUCAUCUAUGAGGUCGAUGCAUUCACAGCCACAUUCAGCAGGCUUGAGAACAUACAGAGCUAUGUAUGACUACAGUGCACAAGAUGAAGAUGAAGUUUCCUUCAGGGAUGGGGACUAUAUCAUCAAUGUGCAACCAAUUGAUGAUGGCUGGAUGUUUGGUACUGUUCAGAGAACUGGGAAAACAGGAAUGCUUCCAGCAAAUUACAUUGAGUAUGUUAACUAAUUUUUGUCCCUAGUCCUUUGAACUUUAUUCUGAUUUACUCAAAACUUAACCCUUUUGAAACAAAAUACUCAGAAGAAACUUUUAAGACCACAUGUUCAUUACUUUAUCACUAAUAUAACAAUUUGAUGUAAGAAUUGCAAUCUGACACACAUAUCCAAACAGUAUGGCUUACAAUAACACUUUGUAAGAACAAAAGACGUAUGUGGAAGCCCAGUGCUGCCAAUUAUGUAAAGUUUCCAUCCAUUAGCUAUAAAGGAGAAAUCUCUUUUUCUUAGAUUCUCUUUUAAACGUAACCAUAACAUGGAUUCUUUUCUUAUGUCACUUUGAAAUCACAAGCGGCUAAUACUUUCAAUUUAGUAACACAUUCUAAUCAUUUUUAAAGCUGUUUAACUUAGAGCAUUUAACGUCCCAAUAAAAACUGGAUAAUACAGCCUUUUAAGUAACAGGAGAUAACAUGCUGGUAAAAAUCCUACUGCCCAGCAGCCUUAUAAGAAACAAAAAGUCUUGACAGUGGAAGUUCCUAACUCUCACUUGCCCCCACCACCACACUCAUUCCUGGGCCUUACACUGGCUCUCCUUCAUGACUGUACCCUUAGCUCCUGUCAGUUUUGCUUGCUUCCCAAUCCAUCAGUUUUGAUUGUGCCUCGAUUCCUUGCAAAUCUGUGUCUUUUUCACAGUAUGUUUCCCACUGGCACUGUUCAGAGUGCAGAGCCAAAUUGCCACCUCUUCUGUUUCCCUUAAAUAAUACUUGAGAGACCAGGUGGGUGAGGUAAUAUAUUUCACUGGCUCAACUUCUGUUGAUGAGAGAGACAAGCUUUUGAGCUUACACAGAGCUGUUCUUCAAGCUCAAAAGUCUUGUCUCUCUCACAAACAGAAGCUGGUCCAGUGAAAGAUAUUAUCUCACCCAUCUUGUCUCUCUAAUCCUGGGACUGACAUGGCUACAGCAGCACUGCAUACAUUAAAUAAUACUUAACAUUUAGAUAGCAAUGUCCAUCUUCAAAGCACUGUACAAACAAUUUCCAUUACAUCCUUUAUCCUUAACUAUCCUGAUGAAAAUAGCCAGUCUUAGGACCAUGUACUGUGUGACCUCAUGAAGCUUAUAGUUACAUCCUUCAUUCUUACCACAAGUGACUUGCUUAAUGUCUGCUUUGGUGAUAAAACCAACUUGUACCCCCCCCCCCCCCCCGCUGCAAAGGAGUCCUGCACCUGUGUAGAAAAGUUGAGAGGAGCUCUGAUUUUAUGAUAUGUUACAGUUCAAUGGCCUAUUGCUUGAGUUCCUUCCAAAACACUGGCUCUAGUUGUGACAUCAUUUAGUUGCCCAAAAGUGGGUUAUAUUCACCGACUGAUUAAUGAAAGGCAAACAUCAUUGACUGCUAUUGAGUUCAUUUUUUUCUCAUAGCUGGCACCAAAGCAAGAACUAAACAAACAAAAAUCCUACCCACCUCAUUCCAGCUUCCUCCCGAACACCAAAAAGAGGAAAAGCUGGUGAAUAUUAUGGGGCAGUUAGCAAAAGGAAAGCUAUAGACUGUUUUUGGAUCUAAGGAUCAAUCUUAGAAGCUAUCAAGUUUCUUUAUUCCUGAAUAAAAAGUACUUAGAUUCCAGGAUUCAGUACCAAAAAUGGAAAUAUUUAUUGUCCCAAAUUGUUUAUGCAAAAGAUUCCAUUUUGACUUUCUAACACUUCUCUUCCACCUUAAACUACAUUCAAAGUAAGAUGAAAAAGGAAAACUAAAGUGAUUAUAUUCUCUUCAACUUUGGAUCAGCUAAGCCAUUGGUAAGAAACAGUAUAAACAUUACAGGCCUGAUCAUUUUGUUUACUCACAAACUGCCAGGUAUUUUAUUUCUAUUGUCCAUUGGCUUGUGGUCAGGACUGAAGGAUGCAGGUGUGAUUCUAAUCAUUGGGACACAACAGCUAGUUGCAAUAUAACGUGGCCCUGAUCCUGCUUAUUGAGCUCUGUGUGGAUACAGUAUCCUCCCUUGCCGUUCUCUUACAGGAUCAGGUCCUAAAUCAGAGGGAGCACAAAAUCAUGUAAAGUGUCAUGGAGGAGUUGGUGCAUGUGUAUGUGUGUGUGUUUAAGGAACAAAAUAUUUUUUUCUGUACUCAGAUCUGAAUGAAAGAUGGUAGCUAUUUAGUAGCCAUCCAGAAUUUUGAAGCUGCACUGGCCUUCCUGUAGUUUUUAAAAAUUUAACUACAUUUAUGCUGUGUUUAUAGAGAAUUUUCUAUUUCUGAUUUCAAUAAGUCAGCCUGCCUGCAUUAUUUCAUUUAACAAUAAGGAAGGAAGGCAGUAAUUAUUCAUUAUGUUAAAAGCAACCCACCAGUGCAAGACACCUGCCAAUUCUGCUUUGCAUACAGUUAAAAGGCAGCAAGCUUCUUCACUUCCAUUGUAUUGUUAGUAAGGGAGAAAAUCCCAAGCUGCAAGACAGAGAACAGUACAUUUCUAGGAUUGUGGGGUUUUUAAAAGAAGAAUAGUAUAUUUUCUUGUCAGACAAAGAAUUUCAUGGGUGAACCUCUCCAGGAGCAUUUAACUUCAGAGACUGAUUAGAAGCAAGAAAAAUAACUCUGUAAAAGUGAAACCUUGAUCUUCCAUAGUAGGCAGCACUGCUGUAACUACACUGUAGUUUUAAAAUUCUGUGGAAGACCUGGGAGUUUCGUCCAUGGAGCAGCUGAAGCAACAAGCCCUUAUUGUUUAUUGGUGUCUUCCAUGUCAAAUUUGCUAGCUUAGCAAGUGAAACAACUGCAUUUAAAUUGUGGACGCUUUAAGCUCUGCCUGAAUGUGAUCUGAAAGGCAGUUUAUUUCUAUAUCAGUCAUCAUCACCAGCCAUCAGCAACAGGGUUAAAAUUACAAUUUAUAAUGGUUGGAAAUUUUUUUCUGAUGAUGUCUGGAUAUCGUUUGCUGCUGUGGUCUUGUACUAGCUCCUUAGUGCUGACAACAGGAAGAAUAAGUUGUCUGUAUGCUAAACAAAUAUGAAUCAGAAGAAACAUAGGGAGCAGAUAUGUACAGCAUCAAGGUGCCCUUUGUAGUGUCUUUGAAAACAGAGAAACAAACCCCAUAACCGCACUAGCAUUCUGCUCAGCUUGGGAAAGGGAUAUCUAGCACUAUGUAUAGUAACAAGCUAAAUCAGGAAAUAAGCAUUUUGUCAAGUUAGAGGACUAUGAUAUGUUAAACAAUGGAAAUAAAACAAUCUUUAUGAAUCUGAAUAUCCUAUAGCCUGGCAAAGCACCUGAAGCAAUUUGCAAAAUAAAAAAGGUCAAGAAAACAAAAGAGUAUGUGAAUCCUGUUUCUCCUGAGAAUGCUAUAUCAGCAUAAUUAAUGUGCUUAGUUUAAAAUUAUUCAUUUGCAUAGUUAAUUUUUUGUAGUGCAUGCUUUUAGUAAUUUUUGUUCAUUUGAAAUGGUUAUCUGGUUUUUUAUAUCUGGGAAAAUGAAUUCUAAUUACAGUGCACUGUUGUUAGCAGUGGUACCCAAUAUACAAAGUGAUUAGAGCCUGGAUAUCAAAAUGUUUUAUGAAAGCUACAACUUGUAAUACAUAGAUCCUCAGUUCAACCACCACAAUUUGUAAGUACAAUUCUUACAAGGAGUUUGUGAGGCCCUGCUGAUACACUCUGGAAUGUAGGGAGAAGUAAAUGCCAGAUACAACUUGUUCUACCUUUAAAUUGUCUGACAAGCAAGGAAGAUAAAAACUAAUUCUUUAUUUUACCACAGUGUAUCACUCUUACUCCAUACAUUGCACAGUUGAACAGCAUCUCACUGGAGAUGAAAAUUUUGUCUUCUGGACACAAUCAUCUCAGAAUUCCAUAAUUCAGCUUGGAGUUCACUAAUCCCCAUUCAAGUGUUACAAAAGUAAGGGCACUCUAAUGUGCUAUUAUUCUUCAAGAACAAAGUAUAAAUAUACCACAGUAUAUAAGAUAGUUAGUUAUAAAGGGCAGCUUGCUGUUCAUUAUAUUUACUUCCCCGUUUAAUCUUUUUCUAAACAAAGCUACUAUUAUGGAUACUACAGUUAUAAAGUUCCAUUAUAGCACAUUAGUAUUUAAUAUUGAAAUGCGGUUCUCGUGACUACGCUGACUUACCACACACCAAUUAAGCAGCAAAGAAUCCUGUGGCACCUUAUAGACUAACAGAUGUUUUGGAGCAUGAGCUUUCGUGGGUGAAUACCCACUUCGUCAGAUGCAUCUGACGAAGUGGGUAUUCACCCACAAAAGCUCAUGCUCCAAAACGUCUGUUAGUCUAUAAGGUGCCACAAGAUUCUUUGCUGCUUUUACAGAUCCAGACUAACACAGCUACCCCUCUGAUACUUGACACCAAUUAAGCAAGGUUAGGGCUCGAGAGUGAAUCACUUUAAUGGAUUAUAUUCUUGAUAUGUGUGUCCUUCUUAAAAGUUCCUUGGUGACUUGGAAGGCCUCUAGUGCUUGGCCAUGGAGUUAAUUUUGGUUUUUAUUGUACGGUGAUGGCACGUCCUUUCCUUAUAAAACAAUCACACACACAGAAGUGUUGGGCAGAAUGUGAUAUAAAGAAUAAAAUCUGCUAGAUUUGAACUGUUUUGAAUAACAUUCUGUAUGAAAUAUGGAAUAAGAUGUAGUUAGUAAAUAUUUAAAUACAAUAUAGAAACAAGCUAAAGAUACUUUCUAAACAUAGAUCUCCAUACGACUACAUACACUCCAGUGCUUUGUGUUGGCAAGAGCAAACUGCUGGUGAGUUAAAAGGUAAAACAUUAUACCGUGCUUUAGCAAUCAUUCUCCAAUCUUUAUACCAUAGAAACCACACCUCAAAUCUCAUCACCUCUCUGAAAGAAAACAUGGAGUUAUAUUUCUUUCUUUAAUUGCCUGCACUACUACAGUAUAUUCAAAGGAAUUUCAUAUGCUUUUGUGUCUGAUAUAUAACGUUUGCAUAAUGUAUCUAAGUUGUAAUCCGAUUGCUGUUGAAACAUUUCUUUUGUUUUAGGAGAAAAAUAAGUUAUAUACUGUAGCAUUACAAUCAUAUCUAGUUCAAUAUUACAAGUUGCUAAACCAUCAGAAAGCAGCACUGACUGUAUUAACGUUGAUUAGCAUGGUGUGGAAACUCUUUCAGAUGUUGGUUUUUGCAGUGUGAUAUAAAAAGCAAAAAUGAACCGCUGCACAAUUUAGCUUAUAUUUGCUUAAAAGUGUGUAGAGUUCUAGUUACUUUGCAAAACUGUAUGUUUUUUUGGGAGUAUACGGUUAUGAAGGAAACACUUGUUUUUUUUCAAAGGACGCGGAUUAUUACUGGAUCAUAUGAUGUAUCAACAUAAUUUGGCUUUUGUUAUGCAAAAAGUUAACACCAGCUAUUAAAAUAUAUUUUAGUAGAAAUGCUUUAAUUCCUGUUUUUUCCUCUGCACUGUGAAUCUUUAAGCCUGGGUGGACUAGAGCAGCAUUCAUGCUGUCCAAAAUAUUAACCUAUGCAAACUAGUUCACAUUUUAUUUGAUGACACAGUGGAUGUAACGUUACAGAAUUUAUUCUGCAUAACAUACAAUGGCAUUGAAAUAAAAUAUUAAACCUAGGAUUAUGUAUGUAUUAUAUUCAUAAACAAAAUACAUCAAAACUACCAUACCUGUUGAUAUAGGUUACACAAGUUAAUUGUUUAUUGCUUCAACCAAGGAUGCUUUGUAUAUUCAAACAUGAAUGAAGAAUAUAGCCAGACUUGGCUUGGUCACUAAAUGUGUUUUCCUAAAAAUGCAUUUUGUUUCAUGCCCUCUUCAAGAGGUUAAUAUGCUUUCUUCAGGCUGCAUUUGGAAUCCAUCAACAUA